AUGCGGUGCGACGGUAAAGUGAUUUUUUUGCCUUUGACGGGCCUCCUUCACUGGAGAGAAGGGGUGGAUUACGCCUCACGCCUUUUUGCGGGGGGUGGAAAACGGCUUGGAGUUGACAUUUUUUAUUUUAUUUUUAUUUUUCCCUUCUUUUCUGUCCAUUUCUCUCCCUAUUUCCACAUUUGUUUGCAUACAUUACUGUCUGACAUGCACGCAACCAAACGCUCAAAGGUGGGUGGGGGGGAAAAGGGAAGCCCAACAAGGCGGGAAGCAAAAGAAGAAAAGAAGAAAAGGAAAAAAACAGCAGGGAAGGAAGGAGCGAAGUCAAACAAAAGGGACUGGGCGGACGGUGUGUUGCUUGAAUAUUUUUGUGACACUUUUUCACGUUGUGUGUCGCUCUUGCAGAUCUCUGUCCGAAUGGAUACGACGCUUUACAGUGAGGUGAAUCGUCUCGAACGCGGUGACUUUCUUUUUUUUCACUGUGUGCAGCUCUCACAACACGAGCGUGACGUGCAGCGGUACUUCUUUGGAUGCUACUUUCCGCGCUGGCGUGGGUUCUACCUGGAGGAGGUGAGGGAUAUGCCAGGCCCUCUAGGCUACAAGGUGCAGCGACACUUUCCUGCCUAUCCCUUUGACGUGUAUCUGAAGGACAAUGGUGAACACUUUCUCACGGAUGACUUCCAGGAGGGUUCUAUAUUCACUUUGGGAGCCUCGCAAAAUCAGCGUGACGGCGAGUCGAAGCGAUAUAAAGUAGUGCACUGCGACGAUAGUCGUCUGCGCACGCGCACGGGCACGACUCUUGCAGACAUUGGCAAUGACAUCACGACGAAGUUGAAUCAAACACACCGUGUCCCUGGCGAGGUGAUAGAUCUCCUGCGUGAGAUUAGAGAUGCGUAUGUUGUGUAUGCCGGCAAUGGCAUUCCUGAGAUUGGUAUCAAGGCAAUGGGACGUCACUUUCGCCACGUCAGCGAGGAUGGAAAGCGGUGGAUGUCGUUGGAGAACAUUGGAAAGCUUGUUCGUGACUCUCGUGCCUUUUCCACCACAUUGUCAUUUGAGGACACGCAGAAGACGAAUUCCACGAUUAGCAAUAAUGCAAGGAGCAUUCAUGAAGCCUUUCCGCAGAAUGAAGAAGGCUGCAUUGACUAUGAUUUAUUCAUGGACUACGUUCGUGGGCCGAUGAGCCAAAAACGGAAGGAUGCCGUCUGGGAAAUAUUCCGCAAGCUUGACUUUGAUGGAGACGGCUACCUCAACAUCUUAGACAUUCAGGCCCGCUACAAUGCGCAGCAGCACCCUGUGGUGGCGGUGGAGAGACUCUUUUCCGCGGACAAACUGCUUAAGGGCUUCCUCACCGUUUGGGAUGAGAACAAACAAUACGGGUUGAUCCCAUACGCCGAGUUUAUCGACUACUACAACGGCGUCAGCGCGGUAAUUGCGGACGACUACAUCUUUUUUGAUAUUCUCCGGAAUCAAUGGAAGGUCAUGCGUGACUGGGGAGGGACGGUGGGGACGAGGAGAGGGAAGAGUGAGGUUUCGACGAUGUAA